ACGAUAGAGGCAAACUAUGACCGCGUGUAUCCCAGCGAAGACGAUGACACCAAGGAUGUCGACGAUAACUGUGCGUUGAUGUACCUGAACGAGGCAACCCUGCUAAACAAUGUACGACUUCGCUACAAGCGCGACCAGAUAUACACGUACGUGGCUAACAUCCUCAUAGCCGUCAAUCCGUAUCGUGAGAUAAAGAACAUCUACUGCGUCGACACGAUCCGUCACUACAAGGGCAAGUCGAUCGGCGUCAUGCCCCCGCACGUGUUCGCCAUCGCGGACAAGGCAUACAGGGACAUGCGCAUGCUGAAAGAAAGCCAGUCUAUCAUCGUUUCGGGAGAGGUGGGCGCGGGAAAGACGGAGAGCACCAAGUACGUUCUACGCUACCUGACGCAGAACUGGGGUUCGCACGCUGGCCCGAUAGAAGAACGCAUACUGCAGGCCAAUCCUCUUCUGGAAGCCUUCGGAAACGCAAAGACGGUGCGCAACAACAACUCAAGCCGAUUCGGAAAGUUCGUGGAGAUCCACUUCUCGUCGCAGGGCGUCGUCGACGGCGGCUACAUCUCGCACUACCUCCUCGAGAAAUCGCGCAUCUGCGUUCAGAAUAGAGAGGAGCGAAACUACCACGUCUUCUACCAGAUGUGUGCCGGCGCCCCCGCGCAGAUGAAACAGCAACUACGCCUCGGCAGCCCCGACCAGUUCCACUACCUGCGUCAGGGCUGCCUUCGUGAUCCCGUGCUGGACGACGCUGCGGACUUCGGAGUGACGGAGGACGCAAUGCGGCAGCUGGGUUUCCGUGACGACGAGCGACGCAACAUCUACGCGAUCGUUGCCGGCGUGCUGCACCUCGGCAACGUCUCGUUCGAGGACGACGAACACAACUCGCGAGGUGGCAGCGUCGUGUCGAACGUGGGCAGCAACGCUCUAUCAUUGACGUCAGCGAUCUUCGGACUGGAGAACGAUGAGCUGAGAGAUGCUCUGACGGCCAGGGUAAUGCAGAGCAAGGGCGGAGUCAAGGGCACCGUCAUCAAGGUUCCGCUGAAGGUCUACGAGGCAAUGAACGCUCGCGACGCGCUCGCCAAGGCCAUCUACGCGAAGCUGUUUGAUUCCAUCGUGCGCAAGAUCAACGACUGCAUCCCGCUCAAGUCAUCGGCCAACUACAUAGGCGUGCUGGACAUAGCUGGGUUCGAGUACUUUCCGAUCAACUCGUUCGAGCAGUUCUGCAUCAACUACUGCAACGAGAAGCUGCAGCAGUUCUUUAACGAGCGCAUACUGAAGGACGAGCAACGGCUGUAUGAAUAUGAAGGACUAGGACUACGUCAAGUCAACUAUUCAGACAAUCAGGACUGCAUCGAUUUAAUUGAGGCGAAGGCGGUGGGAAUCUUCGACCUGCUGGAUGAGGAGAGCAAGCUGCCGCGACCGGACCCAGCCAACUUCACCGCCUCUGUACACCAGAAGUACCCGAACCACUUCCGCCUGUCGGUGCCGAGGAAGUCUCGUCUGAAGGAGCACAGGGAGUUGAGGACGGAGGAUGGCUUCCUCGUACGCCACUUCGCAGGAGCUGUCUGCUACCAGACCGCGCAGUUCAUCGAGAAGAACAAUGACGCACUCCACGCGUCGCUCGCGAUGCUCCUUGCCGAGGCGAACAACGCCUUCCUGCGCGCGCUGUUCACCGAAGGUUCCGCGAAGGCCGCCUCCUCUGCGGGCGGGGGAGGAGGAGACGGAGGUGUGCGCAAGGGGAAGCUGACCUUCAUCAGCAUCGGAAACAAGUUUCGCACGCAGCUCGGCAGCCUCAUGGAGAAACUACGCAGUACGGGCACCAGCUUCAUACGCUGCAUCAAGCCGAAUCAGAACAUGGUCGGACACAAGUUCGAAGGCGCGCAGAUUCUCAGCCAGCUGCAGUGCUCCGGUAUGGCUUCGGUGCCAGCCUCAUGGGUCAGGGAGGGCUAUCGUCCCGCGCACCAGUUGCUGAGGUCUACAGCAUGUACAAACCAGUAUCUCCAAGAAGCUCGCCACCUGCACCCACGCAUGUUCUGCAAGGUGGUCAAGGCUCUCUUCAAGGCGCUGUCGAAAAAAACCUUUUCCCCCCCGAAACGAAGGAGGACUUCCGAUUCGGACUCACGAAGGUGUUCUUCCGACCUGGAAAGUUUGCGGAAUCGACCAGGUGAUCGCUCCAUCGGAGCACCUGCCGUGCUCGUGAAGCGUGGAGCGUUGGCUCGUGCACUCGGCAGCUGCGAAGAAAGCUGCAGUACUGGCGCGUGGGCCGUCCUUCAACUACAGAAACACGUGAAAAGUUACCUGGCGCACGCAAAGAAGCACCAGCCCAGUUGCAAGCAGCGAUAUGUUUUUAGCAGCCGACACGAUAGCAUAGGCAGCAAGCAUCGAUACCGUGCAGCUGGCGACACGAAUAUGCAGAGGCAGCAACAUGAUACGUGCAGCUGCGACCACGAGAUCCGCGGCAUCAUGAAGGUGGCGAAUGAUCAAGGCGCGGCAGCCUGGGCGACUGUGAAGGCAAAUAUCGACGACGGCCAUGACGCGCGAGGAGAUCGACCGCGCAUACACGUCGCUCAUCGAGGCUCAGGACCGCCAGAUGGCAGCACUGAAGUGCCGACUCGGGCAGCAGAAGAUCGCCGAGGAGCAGGAGAGGCUGCGUCGAAUUGA